AGUAUCCCUCUCUAUUUUAUAACACCCUCCAUAUCUCUCUUCUCUCUCUCUCUCUCUCUCUCGGGGUGUGUAAUUGUAGGGAUUGUGUGUUUUGGCCAUGGAGCUUAAAGCUGUAGUUUUCUCAAUUCCUUAUGGUGUAACCUUUUUUGUCCUUGGUCUCUUUGUCAAUCUUCUCCAGGCCAUAUGCUUUCUUACUAUUCGACCUUUGUCCAAGAGUGCAUAUAGAAAGAUCAAUGGAACAGUUGCAUCGCUUUUAUGGUUGGAUCACAUUUGGCUCUUGGAGUGGUGGGCAGGCCUUAAGGUUAAGCUGUACACAGAUUUGGAAACUUAUCGACUAAUGGGCGAAGAGCAUGCGCUUCUCAUGCCCAACCACAUAUGUGAUGCUGAUAUACUUAUUGGGUUUAUUUUAGCUCAGCGAUUGGGUUGCCUUCGUAGUGCUCUUAUGGUUGUGAAGAAAUCUGCAAAAUACCUUCCUAUUUUUGGGUGGACAUCUUGGUUUCAAGGGUUUGUUUUCCUCAACAGAAGCUGGGAAAAAGAUGAAAGUAACCUAAAGAGAAGUUUACAAGGGUUAAAGGAUUUUCCCAUGCCAUUUUGGCUUACCAUAUACGCGGAAGGAACACGCAUGACCCCAGACAAGCUUUCAGAAGCUCAAAAGUUUGCUGCUUCUAGGAAACUAUCUAUCCCUAAGAAUGUCUUGAUUCCUCGUACCAAGGGUUUUGUUACAGCAGUGAAGAAUUUGAGAUCAUUUGUCCCUGCAGUGUAUGAUAUUACUCUUGCUGUUCCAGAAGGUCAUUCAACUCCUUCCCUGCAUACCAUAAUGGAAAAGAAAAGUACUAUGGUAAAAAUACAUAUAAAACGAUACUCAAUGAAGGAAUUGCCACAAUCAGAUGAGGCCAUUGCUCAGUGGUGCAGAGACAGGUUUGUGGCCAAGGAUUCCAUGUUGGACAAGUUUCGAGCUGAGGGUACCUUCGGUGACCAAGAAAUUCAUAACACUGGUCGAUCUAUUAUGGCAUUGCUUGUUCAUAGCAGCUGCUCCUGUCUAAUUUAUCUUGCGAUGUUCAAACUGUGCCAAAAGUUCUCCCUUCUAUCCACAUGGAGAGGGGUGGGCGUUUUAGUAACUUCCUUCGCCGCCACUGUGCUCCUCAUGCAUAUUUUCAUCGAAUACACAAAGUUGCCCAAACAAAAAGGAGUUCAAACUACUCGAUCAACAAGUGGCAAAGCUACAGGCUUCAAAUCCAUCUGAAUCAUUUUCAUUGUGAGAGAUGAUAAGUUUGAAGUACUUUAUUUUGUGAACUAGACAGUUCAUAAUAAAUCGGGGUUUUUGUAAGCCUCUUUUCGUAGGCUAAUGCAUUCUUAAGCUUAAUAUUAUUAUUAUUUAGUAGUUAAUAUGUUUAUGUUGAAACACACUUAUUUUUA